CCCACCAUUGUUUUAUUAAAAACAAUUCAGUGCAUUGUAAUUUCUCGUACGAAUAUUGCUUUUGCAUUUCUCAACAACAAACAACAAACAGCUCUAUUGACAAUGCAUAAAGAUACAUAUAUGGAUAUAUCAAAAUAAAAUAAAAUUAAGUCCCAUCCCUCCAAAAUCACUCAAUUCCUCUCUCCCUUCCUGAAAGGAAGUAAGUUACGGAAACCUAUCCACGUACUGAAGAGACUUGGACAGAAGUUCUUUACUCUUUAAACCAUCAGGUCUCCCAGCGCAGUCUCCCCUUGAGAACUGUGAGCCCUGUCCCGCUGUUAACCUGAGAGCUUCCUGCAGCCAGAAUUAGCGAGAUGGAGGAGGAGGCCAGGUGCUUCCUGGGAAGGUUUGUGCAGGAGUUCCCAGCUGUUCUGGAAGAAGGCAGUCCGCUGCCUGUCAGACCCAUGAGCUGCAAAGUGUCCCUGGAGGAGCUGGAUGGAGAGUGUCUGGAGCUGGGCCUGAGGCUGCUUGCUGUCAGGGGUGCUCCUGCAGGCCUCAGUGCCCUCUUGUGCCAGACAGCACUGUCCCAACUGCUGCAGAACAACCUUUUACCAUUCCACUGCCCCCACGAAGGUGAUGACAACCAGGAAGAAGAACAGCAAGUAGUCUUGCUUCAGUCGGAGGCAGUCCAACGUCUCUUCCUCAACAAGCUGAUAGAUGGGGCGCUGGCAUGGCAUCAAAACUUCCCCAAGCUUUCAACCUCCCCCUCCCGGUUCCUCCUAUGCUCUGUUCAUGCCAUCAAGAACACAAGAAGGAAGAUGGAGGACAAACACUUGGCCCUGGCUGAGUUUAACCAGCUCUUUGGAAUCCAGGAUGGAGUCGAGUGUGCCUACUACGCUUUGUUUGAUGGUCAUGGAGGGGUGGAUGCUGCCACCUUUGCUGCCACUCACCUCCACGUUGCUCUGAGUAAACAGGAGGGACUGCGAAGUGACACAGCCACAGCCUUCAAAACUGCUUUCAAACACACUGAUGACAUUUUCAAGAGCAAAGCAAAGAGAGAGCGUCUCCGGAGUGGCACAACGGCUGUGGCGGUGUUGAUUCAAGGACAGGAGCUAACUGUGGCCUGGCUGGGAGACUCCCAAGCAAUGCUGGUCAGAAAGGGACAAGCUGUUACACUCAUGGAUCCCCAUAAACCAGACAGAGAGGAUGAGAAACGGAGAAUUGAGGGUCUUGGUGGCUGUAUCACCUUCAUGGGUUGUUGGCGUGUUAAUGGCACCUAUGCUGUAUCCAGAGCCAUUGGUGACUUUGACCAGAAGCCCUAUGUAUCUGGAGAUGCAGACUGCUCAACAACACAGCUGUGCGGGGACGAGGACUAUGUGCUGCUGGCAUGCGAUGGCUUUUUUGAUGCAGUCAAACCUUCAGAGGUCCCUCAUAUGGUCUUGGAUGCUCUCCAUCUGUCUUGUGACUCCAAGGGCAGGGCAGACACUCUGCUGGAACAGUCUGAGGACACUGCUGGACUGAGCGUUGCUCAACAGUUGGUAGGUCACGCUAAGGCAGCCGGUUCUAGUGAUAACAUCACAGUGAUGCUGGUGUUUCUGCGUCCACCGCAGCAGCUGCUGGCUCAAAACGUCAGCACAGGACCUGCACAAGCUACUCAGGACUCCUCACAAGAUGCACCACAGCAGUAAAGAAGGAGUUUUGCUGCCCCAACACCACUGUGCCCAACUACUGCCUGACUCAGCAUUUUAUUUAUCAUUCCCAAGAUGUCAGACAUCCUGCAGACUGACUAAGCUCAUUCAAUACUAACAAAACACAUGAACGUAGCAGGCUUUAGUCACAUUACGUCACAGCUUUGGAGGAAAAGUGUUGAUUUUUGACUUUUUGAACAGGAUCUUUGGAAAAAGGUUUGUUGGAUUAUGCAGGUCUAGUGAGCUGUAGUGGCUGAACAUGUUCCUUCCUCCUGCUCUGAAAACUGCUCAGUUUGUGAUUAUUUAAAUGUUCAAGGAUAAACACCAUCGCGUGUGUGUGUGUGUGUGUGUGUGCGUGUGUGCAAGUGAGCGUGUGUGUUCUGUGUUUAAGUGAGAAAUUAACUUAAACACCUUGAAAAUGCCUUGUUUCAGUUAUACUUUCAGUGUUCCCAGAGGAAAAUAAAAUCCUUUCAGUAGCUAUUGUCAACUUUAGUUUUUAAAAUGCCUAUAGGCCUACAGUUACAUAUAUCGGUUGAACUGUAAUGCCAAGCAGUAUGACUGUUGGGAGCAUUUUGCACUGUGCACCAUAUUAGUUCAAUCAGUAAGUACAUUUUGCAACUAGAAU